UUUUAAAUGACGUCACGUGACAUUAUACCGAGGAGCCAACGUUCUAUUUCUAAUAAUUGUCUCUCCUCGACUCCUGCAUGAGAAAACCAAGAAUAUAAACAGAUAAAUUAGUUAGCGCCAAUCCCACGAAAUGAAUGAAUCAAAACGACGCACUGAAUCGGUGACUAUUUGCCAUGACGUAGAAGCUGCUGCUUACUAUCAGGAUUAAAUCUUUUUCAGACUGAAGGUGACGCGCAAAGCGAGGGGUAAAUAAUGAAAACUUGGACAUUUUCAAUUUCACAAGUGCGCGUCUAUCGUGUUAUUUGUGUGUGAAUAUUUAUUUCUUUAGUUACUGUUAGCCACGGGUGCCUUUUUUAUAGAAUGACUAGCUUUGCAAAUGACAGACAGCCAGUCAAAAAUCGAAGUCAGUGCUCUGACAGAGUAUGAGCUUCAGCAAUUAUACAAGGCUUUGCUGAUCGCCUCGUGCCGAUUAGAUCCAAGAGACCCCAUUCAGUUCUUGAAAAACACACUGAUCACCUUUCAGGGACAUGACAAUCUGCAGGAUGUGGACUGGGACAAGUUCCUCAGUGAUAGCACGCAACGGUCACUGCUGGCCUCUCUGCAACUGGAUGACGGGGAAUAUCUUGAUGCCGAUGAACUCAAGGCCCUUUUCUGGAAAUAUGAGAAGGCCUACUCCUGUUACAGGACGAAAUUGACAAGUUCUUGUUUCAGGAGCUGGAAGGAUUUCACCAAUGCCAGUGUGACAGAUGCCUCCGAACUGUCACAAAAGAUGGAAAUUGCAUUGCAGCAUUAUGACAGGCGAAAGCAGGAGGUGCCGUUCCUUGCAUGGCUUCGCUGGGUCAAAUGCAAGCAGGAGUCACGUGUAGAGGCGGUGUGUAAAUUGGUGGGAGUUUUGAAAGCCUGCGUCCUCAAACGCAUCGUGACCGCGUGGAAGAAUGUUGUAAGGGACUCGCAGAGGACCAAGGAUUACUUCAAGAGACUUCAGAAUGAACUGGAAAUGGAGCGCCAGCAAAGCCAGGUCGGGGAGGGAUGCGACUGGCUCUCAGCCUUGCCCAACCACAUCUCACUUAAGAUAUUCCAGUAUAUGGAAUUACGAGACCUGCUGAGCUGUUCCGAAGUGUGCUGCAGUUGGAGAAGUCUCAUCCAUACGGGCACUCUGUGGAGUAAGAUCAACGUCUCGGUGGAUAAACGCUGGAUAACAGACGACACCAUGAAGGAUGUCUUGCUUAAUUUUCGUCCAUUUGUGAUCCACCUGAAUCUGCGCGGCUGCACUUCGUUACACUGGUAUAGUUUGAAGCAUAUUGGUGAAUGCAGAAAUCUCCAAGAGCUCAAUGUGUCUGAGUGUUUUAACAUCACGGACGCCAUGAUUGAGUCAAUUGUGGAAGGCUGUAACUCCCUGCUCUACCUGAACCUCUCCAGCACACUCUUGACAGAUGCCACCCUCAGAGAGCUGGCAAGCAACUGUGUCAACCUUCAGUACCUGAGCUUGGCCUACUGCCACAAAAUGACAGAUGAAGGUUUUCAGUACCUGAGUUUGGGAACAGGCUGCCACAAUCUCCUCCACCUAGACCUGUCGGGCUGCUCCCAGGUGACGGCGACAGGCUUCAGUUACAUCUCAGAAGCGUGCCCUUAUCUCAAGGAGAUUUUGCUCAAUGACGUGUACGACCUGUCGGACAAGUGCAUCUCUGCCCUGAUGGCCAACUGCCAGAGUGUGUCCUCCAUCUCUCUACUGGAGGCGUGGCAACUGUCCGACGCCGGCAUCAAAGCCAUUGCCGAAGUCGCCAAACUGAAGAGUUUCAGCCUGGAGGGUAACAAUCGUGUGAGCCACGUGAGCUGGAAGGCAGUGUGCUCCAGCUCACGAGGCCUCCGCAGGUUGCACAUCGUUGAAUGCCACAAGAUGGGCGACACCUCCCUCAAGGCGGUGGCCACCCUCCGGAACCUGCAGUACCUGGACAUCUCGCUUUGUAGCAAAGUGACGGAUAAGGGGCUCUUUACUCUGGCCGAAAGCCCCUCGGCCAGCAAACUGAGAGAGCUGAAUGUGAGUUACUGCAGUCAGAUCACCGAUGCAGCCAUCAGCAUGAUUGGACACAGGUUUACCAAGCUGUCCCAUCUGAACUUGAGCUACUGCGAGCAGCUAACUGACGUCGCUCUGGAGUAUUUAAUGGGCAGUUCCAUCAGUUCUCUGGACAUCAGCGGCUGUAACAUUCAAGACGACGGCCUGGCUGCUCUCGAGGAGGUUCCCUUGAAAAGGUUGAUUAUUGCCGAAUGUAUCAACAUCACAGACGUUGGUAUGGAGAAUUUGUGCAAGUACUUGACAGAUCUGGAGUACGUAGACGUGUCUGGCUGCUUGGAACUGUCCGACCAGGCCGUCAAAGCCUUUUCAUUUUACUGCAGAGGCCUGUUGACACUGCGGGUGGCAGGCUGUCAAAAGGUAACCGAUAUGGGAAUGCAGUGCCUUUCACAUGGAGCAGCCCAGUACCUGCGAGAGCUGGACGUGAGCGGCUGUACCCUAACUGAUCGCGCCAUCAGAUACAUCGAGAGGCUCUGCCCGCCACUCUCAUCAAUCACUAUGCAUGGCUGUGACCGCAUCUCAGAGGAGGCUGCCAUGAGGCUACAGCCAUAUGUACAGCACUGGGAGUACAGCAACGAGCAAACCAAAUUGUGGCUUCGAUAAAGCAAUCUGUGCGCUAAGGGAAUGGCAUGGGAAUGAUAAUCGCACCAGUGAAGCCUCCAAGGAACUCGGUAGAGCUCAGACCUCUGCCAAGGCCCAAACAAUUCUAAUUUGGCACUUCCACAGAAACC